AUGGGCGUCGAAGAGUCUGUCUAUCUGGCGAAGCUCGCUGAGCAGGCCGAGCGCUAUGAAGAGAUGGUCGAGAACAUGAAGGUCGUCGCCUCAUCAGACCAAGAACUCUCUGUCGAGGAACGAAAUCUUCUGUCUGUUGCCUACAAGAACGUCAUCGGUGCCCGUCGUGCCUCUUGGAGAAUCGUUACCUCAAUUGAGCAAAAGGAGGAGUCUAAGGGCAAUGAGGCUCAGGUUAAGCUUAUCAAGGAGUAUCGUCAAACCAUCGAGACCGAGCUGCAAAAGAUCUGCGAGGACAUCCUUGAGGUCUUGGACCAGCACUUGAUCCCAUCGGCGCAGACCGGCGAGUCUAAGGUCUUCUACCACAAGAUGAAGGGUGACUACCACCGGUACCUCGCUGAAUUCGCCAUCUCCGAGAAGCGUAAGGGCUCCGCCGAUCUGUCCCUUGAGGCCUACAAGAACGCCACCGAGAUCGCGCAGACCGACCUCGCGCCUACGCAUCCGAUCCGCCUGGGUCUUGCUCUCAACUUCUCCGUCUUCUACUAUGAGAUCCUCAACUCCCCUGAUCAAGCUUGCCACCUCGCCAAGCAGGCUUUCGAUGAUGCCAUUGCUGAGCUCGACACCCUGAGCGAGGAGAGCUACAAGGAUUCUACUCUCAUCAUGCAAUUGCUGAGAGAUAAUUUGACUCUCUGGACCUCGUCAGAGGCCGAGCCUCAGGAGGGCAGCGGAGCUGCCGCCGCCGAUGCGCCCAAGGAAGAUACUACUGCUGCCGAGAAGGAUACCGCGGAGCCUGCGGGUGAGAAGGAGGCUUAA